UGUUUCCUGUCGGUCUGUCUGUGUAGCAGUAUAUGUUUUACGACAGAAUGUUGUUUCCUGUCGGCCUGUCUCCGUGUAUGUUUUACGACAGAAUGUUGUUUCCUGUCGGUCUGUCUGUUGUUUAAACGUAGCCGUGUAUGUUUUACGACAGAAUGUUGUUUCCUGUCGCCCUGUCUCCGUGUUUGUUUUACGACAGAAUGUUGUUUCCUGUCGGUCUGUCUGUUGUUUAAACGUAGCCGCGUAUGUUUUACGACAGAAUGUUGUUUCCUGUCGGUCUGUCUGUAG